CAAAUUUUGCAAAGUUGUCUUAUUUUUUGCCUUCUAUUACUGAGUUAAAGAUGUAAGAACUAGGAAACUAUGCAUAGAAGCAGACAUCAUCAUAAAAGGAGAGCAUCCUCCUCCGAAGAAGAUGAUUUUGUUGUUUGGGAAGACCAUAAACAUGCUUUAAGUGAAAUUUUCUUCCGCGAACAAGAUUUCAUUCAGAGGGGAAGUGAAGAAUACAAAGACUUCUGGCUUUUUCUCGAGAAAUAUGAGAAAUUUAGACGAAAGGGUCUCAUGUCAACAAAAAAUGAUAAGUCAGGAAGGAGUUCAAGAGAGUCCAAACUUGGAAUCCCAAUGGUUUACGACAAGAGAUAUAAAGUGAACAUGUCCAUAUUGAGUGGAGAUGUUGAAGGCUAUAACAAGUCAAAGCACAAUAAAGAGAAAGAAAGAAGAGCAAGACAUGACUGUCUUAGUUCCAAAAAGAUUGCAGAAUUCAGAUCCAUCCUUCUCUAUUAUAUUGAUUUUUGUCAGAAACAAAAGUUUAACAAAAUUGUCAAGCUAAAGACUGAUCAGGCYAACCUUCCCAUAAGCCACUUCARGGAGCACAUUSUYGAUGCAGUCAGGUGCAAUCAAGUCGUCAUCAUUGCAGGUGACACAGGUUGUGGAAAGUCGACACAGGUUCCUCAGUAUUUGUUAAAUGCUGGGUUUACAAAGAUUGCUUGCACUCARCCCAGAAGAAUCGCUUGUAUAUCUUUAGCCAAGAGAGUUGGUUAUGAGACACUGAAAGAGUAUGGAUCKGAUGUUGCAUAUCAGAUUCGCUUUGAGGCAAGCAAGACAAAGGCAACAAGGAUUCUUUUUCUCACUGAAGGUUUAUUACUAAGACAACUGUCUUCAGACCCUGACCUGUCUCRGUACAAUGUAGUUGUAGUGGAUGAGGUUCACGAACGCCAUCUUCAUGGUGAYUUUCUGCUGGGAAUGUUGCGUUGUUUGAUUGAAGGCCGAGCUGACUUGAAAGUUAUCCUUAUGUCAGCAACMAUUAAUAUCAACUUGUUUGCUGGGUACUUUGAUGGUGCACCAGUUGUUCAGGUUCCUGGGAGAUUGUAUCCUAUUCAAGUACAGUAUCACCCACCUUCAGUUGAGCAAAAGAAGCCAACAAGUCGUGCUGAGAGGCUUGAUCCCUCUCCUUACUUAAGAAUCAUGCAGCUGAUUGACAAAAAGCAGAAAACUCGUCAGUGGAUUAUUUUACCUCUGCAUAGCUCGUUGUCCGUCGAAGAACAGGACAAGGUGUUCGAUGUUGCGCCGGAUGGUGUUCGGAAGUGCGUCGUAUCUACGAACAUCGCCGAGACAUCUAUUACUAUAGAUGGUAUAAGGUUCAUAGCUGACUCUGGUAAGGUUAAGGAAAUGAACUUUGAUGCACAGUCCAAAAUGGAACGAUUACAAGAAUUCUGGAUCAGUCAAGCAAGUGCAGAACAGAGAAAAGGAAGAGCAGGACGAACUGGUCCUGGCGUAUGUUUUCGUCUGUACUCAGAAAAUGACUACCACGCCUUCUCGCAGUACGCUACACCCGAGAUCCAACGAACAGCACUCGAUACAACAAUUCUACAAAUGAUUUCUCUUGGCAUCAAUAACGUGCGGGCUUUCGCUUUCAUUGAGCCACCUCCUACUUCGAGCAUCGAAAACUCCUUGUACUUUUUGAAACAACAAGGCGCCAUUACCGAGGAAGAGACCUUAACGCCCAUYGGUCAGAUGUUGUCACGUUUACCAGUSGAUGUCGURAUUGGUAAAAUGCUAGUUAUGGGAUCCCUGUUUCAGUURACKGAGCCUGUUAUGAUCAUAGCGGCCGGUCUUAGCGUCCAGUCCCCAUUUACCAGGCGGUUGGAUCACGAUCCGGAUGUGACGUCACGUCGAGAGGAACUGGAAUCUGAUCACGGUGAUCCAUUUACGCUKYUGAAUGCGUAUGACGAGUGGCUGCAAGUAAAAAGCCGUGAUAGUCACCGCUCUAAGAAAUGGUGCAAAAGAAGAGGCCUCGARGAACAACGAUUCUACGAAAUGUCCAAACUCAAGAGACAGUUUGAAGACCUACUCCACGACCACGGGCUCAUCGAACGAGAGCAAAUCGACGAAUCGGACGAAGACGAGCGCGAAAAAGAAAAAUUUAAACGUCGUCAGCUCAAGCGGAUGAAACAAGACCACCACAAAUCAACACGAAAGAGAAAACUUCUAAAACUUGACGAAGACGAACAAGAGUCUGACMUCRUGGAACCUGGGACCGACAUCCGGGACAUGGAGUUCAAAAUGACGCACGACUUGGAUAAGUUGAUUGAAGGCAGCAGCGCACGAAGGAAUUUUACACUUAGGGACAUCAACCUCUUGAAAAUCAUUCUAUGUAGCGGGUUAUAUCCUAAUCUUGCUAUCGCAGACGAAGGCAACUCGUUUAAAAGAGACUCUGAACAGACUUUUCACAGUAAAAGUAAACAAUACUUAAUGAUUCAUCCAACGAGCGUGUUCUCCACCAACACGGAGGUACUGGAGGACCAGGCUGCACGUGACUUUCCUCAGCAAUCACAUGAUCAGUCACGUGGUAACAUAAGCAGCAUGCAUCAACUACUUGCAUACGUUUCGCUUCUUGAAACCAACAAACCKUAUUUGGUGAACUCAAUGCGRGUACCAGCUCUCCAAACGCUGAUUUUAUUUGCGCGGAGYCUGGAUACUAAUGGAGAUUUAACACGCGUGGUCGUCGAUGGAUGGCUCGAGCUGAAGUUCCWCGAUGUCACGUCUGCGCAAGAGAUAAUAUCCGCUGUACUUCAACUAAGGGUAACGUGGGCGCGGCUGUUGGAGCUUCGUCUUGAGGUGAAGUUAGCGCAAGGAAAGUUAUCGAACUCGACAACAGAUUUAAACAAAUGUCGAGAUCUUGAACAGCUGCUAGCGCGAAAACUGUGUGAGUUUCUAGACAGCAAUGUUCGAUAUUCAAUCACAAGAUUGUUGGCCAGUGACGAAAAGUACCUGUAUAUAGGGCCACAUGAUCCUAGGAACCUUAUCACACAGUCUAGCAAAGCACUACCAUUCAAGGGUUCCUCGAUGGCCCUUGAUGUGCAUCCUACAAAAGGAGGCAUUCAGGUAAAUGAAUAUCUGACGUACAAUUGCUUGCAAGAUGCACUUCAAGCCGAGGCGGCCUCCAACGCAGCCGAGUUUAUCCAAAAGCACUGGACAUGUGAGCGAUGUAAAGUUAAAAUGGUGGUGACAGUACUUGAGAGGCUGCAACACGAAAGCGAGUGCCUUGCCUCCAGUGAAAAGGACACURCAUCGUCUUCUGGAACCCACGAUAUUCCAGAAUCCCAGUCGCGUCCUUCUGUGGAUCAUCUACGGAAAGUUUAUUUUUGCAAAGAGUGCGAUAAAGAAUAUUCAUUUACGAGUACAGAGAUACUAAAACACAGAAAAACACAUCGUUGAAUACAAAGUUCAAUCAACGCUUUAUUAUCUGGUUCUUCCUUUGUUUAAUUGUGGUCGUUCUUCCAAACUUUUAUUUUUGAGAAAAGUGUAAAAAAAAUCUAUUUUCAACAGUUCAGUUUCGCUCCUUUUUUUUGUCAAAAGCACAACUAAAGUGAUAAAAUUUCCAAUAAAUUAUUUUUGUCACAGAUUUUCACAGCGUUCAUUAAAUUACUAUAACUAUCAUUGACCUUAUCUGGACAUUUACACAAAUCCGACUGUAACAUCUCCCUGUAGCCGAAAAGUGGCUAAGUGUAGAUCUUUAAUGCGGUCCGUUCGCAAAGGCGUUCAUAGUCAAGACUUUUUCUUAUUUUUUUAUAAUUGUACGUUGGUAAAUGCGCUAUAAACCCGAAGCGUGCAAGGUCACUAUUUUUUCUUUGUUUUGGAGUGUUAUUAUCAAUUUCACUAAGGGUUAACGAUGAAAACGUCAUUACUUAACAAAUGAUGAAUAUUUCAAGUAUUUCAUUAUACUCAAUUAACUAGAUAUGAGCUGCUACUCAGUGMAUUGGAUGUUUUGAAUUGAUGUCCAAAAUUACAUUACAAUUAUUCAUUGUAGCAAUCUUAAAGUUAUUUAGACCGUUUUCACUUGCGAUUUUUGCAGCGCGAUAACUUUGCUUUCGCGCACCUCAAAUCGUACGUGCAAACUGCCUUGCGAUUGCUGUGAAAAACACCGCGACGUCGCAGCUAAAUUUCAUGCAUGUUCGAAACUCAGUCAAUGAUGAUCGCGCUGCAAAAUCGCAAGUGUAAACAGGCUUUUAUUGUCGUUUCAAGAAAUUCCGACUGCUAAAUAAGAAAAUMUAAAUAUACAAUA